GUGUCUUCAAUUGGCAUUUAAAAAGCAUUUCUCUAUGCAUUAAAGAUGUACAGUCACAGGCUUCUUUUUCCUCCUUUAUGCGAUUCAAAGCAACAUUAAACAACCCAACUGGAUUGCAUAAACUAGCUCAGACAUUGGAGAAGUUAGGCCCAGUAUGCUUUGCUGUAUUCUCAAAAACAGAGCUGCGCUUUAUUACACACCAGAAUAACCCAGUAGACAUUCAAUCAUGGACUGUGAUGAAUCCAUCUUGCAUGUUUUCAGAAUAUCGUCUUCAAAGUCUUCAAGUCAACAAUGAAGUUUAUUUUGCCUUCAAUCUCGCCAAUCUUUUAUUGAUCACUAAAGAUCUUGUAGAUUGUACACGCAUUACAGUUGGACUAAAAGAUACCAAUGGCAACAUUAUUUUAAGUUUCAAGUGGACAUCUGAGAGCUUUAAAGGUUCAAAAGAUCUAUUGAACAAGGAAUUACCUAUUCAGCUCGUGACAGGAGACAAGAUUCAACACAUCAGAGAUCCUGUUACUAUGGAAGCUCCUGAUACAUAUAUUUUAUUGCCUGAUGUGAAUGUCCUCAAGGUAACAGCAGAAAGAUUUAAGACAUUAAAUGGUUUUUUGAAAUUAUCUGCCAAUAUGAAGGGUGAAUUCAAAGUCGAAGUUCAAUCUCCUUUUGCCAUGUGUAGUUCUCACUAUGAAAACCUUCAGCAUCCUGAACUAGUGGGCCAUGACUUAAGCACAAGAGAACCAGAAUCUUUUUCUUCUGUCUGUGUCAAGAGUGAUGAUUUUGUUCACUUUUUAAACUGUGCUUAUUUAGAGCCUGAUAAUAUUAUCUGCAGUAUCACUCAUGAUAGGCAGUUGACAUUCUUGAUCUAUCUUAGAAUUGAUACUUAUCAAAAUGAAGAUGCUCCCCUUAGAUCCUUGAAUCCUCAACAGUGUCGAAUUACUGUUCAAUUGCCGUUGUAUAUCGAUAACUAAUGUGUCUUUACCAUAUGCGGGAAACCAAAACCAAAAAAAAAAGUUUAAAUAUUAAUUGCCAGACUUCUUCUCCUUUCUUUCUUUUUCUUUGCUGUAUAC